AUGCUAUUCAGUAGAAAGAUCUCCUCCUCAGUGUUUACUCUCUCUCGUUCUGCUGCUGCCUCACGAUAUGGAUUUUUGGCAGCUGCUCAACAACAACAAGGCUAUCACCGAGUGGUCAGAGAAGCCUUUAUCAACUCGAGAAAUAUGAAAGAUAUGGAACGAGUAUCAAGCAUGAGAUCUACCACAACCAUGGAUGAUCUUGCUUUGAAUACCGAUCUUGCACAAUCCACAUUACGAUCAUCCUCCACCUCAAAAGGUUCACUUCUGAAAAGAGAGCAAGCUCUUCUGACCAAUAUGGAGAAGUUGGCCAACGUUGAUCCCGCUCUCAAGAAAUUGCUCAAAGAGUAUUCUGAUGAGAUUGCCGUGGUGAUGAAUGAUGAUUCGCCUCAAGCCACAUCAAUGAUGGAUUCAGAAUUGGUGCAUCGACUGCAUGAAUGCAAUUUGAAGGUGCAUCGAUACUUGACAAAGGUUGUUUCAUCACACCUCCUUCAAGAGAUGCGAUUUUUGAGUUUGGUCAAUUCCGAGUUGGCACAUGAAUGUGUAGAGAUGAACAGUUUGCUUGAAAAGCACAUGUUUUCUCUGUAA